UAUCAGUGCGCUGCAGGAGUAGAUAUAAACACAUCGAAGGAUAUGGAGAACGUCGUACUUGCUGACGUCACUACUACAAGUAAUAAUGAUGGCGUCAAAAGCGAUGUUGAUAACGUGUUUGACGCAGUGGAGUCCCAAGGAGAAACCAAUAAAGAUGAUAUAAGGAUCACCAAGGCAAAUGUGCCAAAACAAAGAAACAAGAGUGUUUAUGAUAAAAUACUGCAUGAAGAUAUAGAUGAUUCCCACUUGGCUACAAGUGAAAUAUACAACCAAUUUUUCGCUUCCGGUCGAGAUUACGAGAGUGCGUUCGUAAAUCACAAAUACACAGAGCAAGAAAAAGAAGAAUUACAAAAAUAUGACAGUUUGGAUUAUCUUCCUCCAUGGAGUGACGCUUACAAAGAAUGGCUUAGGCAACAGCCAAGAAGGCUCGAUUGGGAUAGAUGGGUGAUGAUGGGUCUCAUCGGGUUUACUGUUGGGUUUGUCGGAUUCUUGCUACAUCAAUUCAUUGAUUUGAUAUCGAAUACUAAGUGGCAAACGGCAACAAUAUUAUUAGAGCAAGGUCUAGGAGUAGCCUGGAUAUUUUCACUGGGAUAUAGUUUAGCAUUUCUUCUACCAGGAGUUGCACUUGUUGUGUGGUACAGGCCAUCAGCAGCCGGGUCGGGAAUUCCAGAGUUGAUAGGAUUCUUAAACGGAACAAUUAUUCGUCACAUUUUCAACAUUAGAACGAUGGUUGUAAAAUUUGUGUCGUGUGUUUGUGCAGUAGGAGCGGGAAUGCCUGUUGGUCCUGAAGGUCCAAUGAUUCACUUGGGCGGAUUAAUCGGUGCCGGAUUGAGUCAGUUCAAGUCGGAUUCAUUGAAUAUCCGUCCUCAGUACUUUCAAAGAUUUCGUAACUCCGAAGACAGACGAAAUUUCAUUUCCGCUGGAGUAGCAGCGGGUGUCGCCUCAGCUUUUGGAGCUCCUGUUGGCGGCCUUCUAUUUUCUAUGGAAGAAGUUUCAUCAUUUUGGAACAUGAAAUUAUCCUGGCAGACUUUUUUCUGUUGCAUGGUCGCUACAAUCACCACAGAUCUGUUCAAUUCUGCAUUCAGUGCUUUCAGCUAUCAAAACACAUUUGGACUAUUUACAGCAGAAGCAAAUAUACUCUUUCAGGUUGACUCAACGUUGUCUACGAACAUAAUAGCAUUUCUGCCGAGUGCCAUACUUGGAUGUCUCGGGGGCAUAUUAGGAGCUCUUUUUACAUUUUUGAACCUAAAAAUUGCUCGAGCAAGAAGGGUUUUAUUGAGUAAAAUUCAAACGGUUUGGAAGAAAAAAGUUCUUCGUUGCGUCGAACCUUGCAUUAUUCUAUUACUUAUGGUGACAAUUUCAACGUUACUUCCAGCUGCAUUUCAUUGCACGAAAUAUCAAUGUUAUGAGGAAUCAAAACAGCAAUCAACAAUUAUAUCUAGCGAACAUCCCGAAUGUCUCACUGUCACACUCGACGAUAAUAUUCCACCAAGAACUGAGGAUUCAGUAGAGAGAUAUACUUGUUCAAAGGGAUACUACUGGGAAGCAGAAGAUGUCACUGUAUCCAACAAGUCCUACAAUGAAGUUGCAACUUUACUGUUUGUAACCGGGGAACAAGCAAUCAGACAUUUGUUUUCUCGAGGAACUCAUCAUGAAUUUUCAAUACCAAGUCUAAUCACUGUGUUGGUGUUUUAUUAUUUUCUCGCUUGUUGGGCAGCUGGAACCUCUAUGUCUAGUGGACUUGUGGUACCCAUGUUGCUCAUUGGUGGACUGUAUGGUCGUAUUAUUGGACAAGCUAUGGUUAACUGGUUCGGAAUAAAGAAUCCGUACGAUGACAACGACCUGUAUUGGGCGUGGAUCGAUCCUGGUGCAUUUGCUCUUAUCGGAGCAGCUUCGUUCUUUGGUGGCGUUUCAAGACUAACGAUGUCUCUUACAGUUAUUAUGAUGGAAAUAACAAAUGACAUCACUUUUCUUCUUCCAUUAAUGACCGCUAUCAUGUUUGCGAAAUGGAUAGGAGAUUAUUUUACUCACCCGUUUUAUCACGCAAACUUGGAAUUGAAAUGUAUACCUUUCCUCGAUUCAGAGCCAGUAGUAUACAUGGAUGGAACAAAGUUGUUAAAUCUAGAGCUCUUCAGUGCAAAAGACGUCAUGACAAAAUCAGUUAAAACUCUAACACCUGUAGAACCAGUGGAGCAUGUUUGUCAUUUAUUGUUGGAAACAGAGCAUGGAGGAUUCCCGGUCUGCAAGCCUCCUAUGAGUAAUUCCAGCGGUGCACCAGUAUACUACGGAAUAAUUACAAGAUUAGAAUUGCUGAUGUUGCUGCAAAAUUCUGAUAUUUUCGUGAACACUUCUAAGGAGAUAGCAGCAGAUAACAGAGGAGUGAAAUCCCAACUUGACUACCAAAAGGUUCACAUUGACCGACUGCUCAACGGAAAACAAGUUUAUCAAGUUUUAGAAAAAUACUUAAAAGAUGGAAAUAUGGCUGAUAUGAGUAUUGAUUUGACCCCAUAUUUGAACCGUUCUUGUCCUACUAUUCCGGAUACAUUUUCUCUUCAUCGAACAUACAUAAUAUUUCGAACAUUGGGACUCCGACAUCUACCGGCCGUGAACGAAACCAAUGAAGUAGUUGGAAUAAUAACAAGAAAGGAUCUGAUGGGAUUCAAACUUGAAGAACGGUUAAAUCAUAUUGCCGAGCACGAUAGAGAAGAGGCCGCCUACUUAUCGAAUACAUCAACAGCUUAAAAUCAGUUAAUUAAACUAUGA